AUGAAAGUGAUUUAAAAAACACAGCACAGGGCGUGCAGGAAGCCUUCAGGUCUCCACUUCAGUAUGUCUGCCUGGAGAAUUUGUGUUCUGAUAGCCUGGUGCUCCUUGCAGCGGCUCCAAGGUCAAAUGCAACUGCCCCCGCCCCAGAAUGUGAUGCUGCUGUCGAAGGAUUUUGAUAUCAUCUUGACGUGGCUCCCCAGGGAAGGGUCCCCACCAGACACGGUGUAUACGGUGAAAUAUGAAACCUGGGGAAACAGAAAUCACUUGAAAAAGGUCGCACACUGCAAAAAUAUUUCUGAAACCAUCUGCAAUCUGACUUGUGUGCUGUCAGACUCAUUCAAAAAAUACAGGGCCCGAGUAAAAGCCCUGUCGAGUGGACGCCAGUCCUCCUGGGCAGAGUCAGGAUACAUCGAACAUCAUUUUGAUGUGGAGCUGGCUCCUCCGGUCCUGGAAGUGAAAGUAAAGGAAAACUUAAUGACUGUCAAUGCCACUUUUCCCCUGGCCUCCUGCCUGAAGAAUGACUUUCAAAACCUGCAGUAUGACUUGGAUUUCUGGGAAGCUGAAUCCAAUGAUAAGAAGCAGUACAAGGGCAAGAUGAAGUGGCAAGGCGUGGAGAUCAACACCACGGCAUUCAGUGGCAAUUACUGCCUGAGCGCUCGGGCUUCCUUCCAAGUCAUUGACCCGAAACACAGCGAGUUCUCCAGGCCAGUGUGCAUGCUGCUGAACCCCAAAGGAGUCAACUGGAAACUCCUACUUGUCAUUGUUGUCCUCUUGUUCCUCCUCCUCCUCCCUGCCAGUGGUUUCCUCAUCAACUGUUUGUGCAAAGAAGUUGCUAAAAGCAUGAAGACACCUCAAGCUUUGGAUUUUUCCUAUCUAAGGCCUCUGCCAUUGGUUUGUGAGAAGAAGCCUAACGGGAAAGAAUUCUUUGUGGAGGAGCUCCUUAUAUUCGUGCUAAAGCUGGAGUUGCAAGAGAGGAGGAACAAUCCCUCAGCCAGAAACAACGUAUCACCAGCCGCUUCUCUCCUUUCCUUGGAGGAGGAGGAGGAGGACGACAGCACUUUCACACCCUACAUCGAAAAGCCUCGGUUCCCAAAGAGAGGCCCAGACUGCCGAGUGUCCGGUGCGAGUCCGAAAGGGUUGGAGUCCAGCUCUGAAUCAGGAGUCUCCCAGCUGGACGGCGGGUCUGUGCCCGACCUUGCAGGGAGCGGGUUCGCUCAUCGUGCCUGGAGGGAGACUGAGGAGGACACCUCGGGGUUCCAAGACAGCAAGAAAACCUCCCUUUUGGACCGCUCCUCCUUGGGACACUCCAGACGUCCGGCAGACGGAUACGAGCAGCGUAAUGUGGACGUGGACACGUGCCAACAUAAGGCCUUCCUUCAGGUGACUGCGCUGACAGAGGGUCUUCGUUUUAACCCUUCCUCUGAGGCCCCACAUCUCCCUGCAAGGGGCCACUCUGACCCUGACCCUGACCUGGAGACGCUUCCCUUCCCUGAGCACAUAGUUUGCUUGAGAGUACGAGUCUCUGAGGACUCCAGCGAGCUCCCUCCCCAAGACGUUGCCCUUCAGACUUUACGGUUCGCAGAGGACGAGGACAUUUCAAGUGACUGUGACAGCGAGGCCGACUUUCUGGCCACGCACUCAGCGGGAGGAACACCGCCUCCGGCCACCACGCUAAGGGAGACUUUUGAAGCUGGGACAUGGGGAAAGCCUGGGACCGUGGAGGAAAAGAACUACCAAAUGCUUAAAUUCCAGGGCUAUCAGCAGGUGCAUUAUAUGUCAAGAAACUGAUGGCAUCACAGGGAGGAAUGAAAGGACAAGCAUUUGUCAGCCUGUGCCUGUUUGUGCACCACUACCCAGACAGGGUAGCUUCUAUUAAUGUCUGUCCUAUCAGGUGCUACAGCUCUGAUUGCAAAAAAGGUGUGUUUUCACUGCAGGUAGCUAACACCCACUCACUAUCCUGCUGCAGAAACCCGGUGGCCGUAAGGCACUGCGAUUGUACUGCAGGACAAACAGGACAAGUUCAAACAUGGGCAAGGUGCAUGGUGACGAUCUCACACGUCUCCCUUGCAGCACACGCUGCAGGUGCCUUACCAUCCCAUAGGAAUUUAUGGUGAGAUAUGGAUUGUGUGUUAAUUAUCUCUCUGUAAAAAAACUGGUGUAUCAGAAAAAGCAAAGUCUGAAACAACCAGCCCAUGAUGGCAACGUGGCAGGUUGCAGUCACAUGUGGUUUGGGACCCAAGCUGAUCCACUACCAGGUGCUCACCUGGGGUUGUGAAGUUAUUCCCUGCCCUUGGUGGCAAAAGUAAGGGUUGAAAUUUGCCUCCUUUAUAGACAUUUUGCCAUGUUUGCUUUCAUGGGAUUGGGAGAAACUCAUGGUCACCCUGUGUCAGAAUAGAGAGGAAAAAUCAAGGCUGAAAAUAUAGGCUGUGUUUAUGUUUGUUAUUUUUGUCAGAGAUUCAUAGAUGUUAGGGGCUAGAAGGGACCUUACAAGAUCAUCAGGUCCAGCUCUCCUGCACUUAGGCAGGAAAAACUCCUUUCUUUUGGUUUGUAUAAAAAAACACAUUUUGGAGGUGAAAUUCGUCUCGCUGAGCAGAGCAGCUCAGUGCUACCAUGAAUUGAUUGACAACUGCGUGCUUUCAUUUGGCCAGCCAGCCCGACUGAGGGCACCUCUUCACACCCGGGGAAGCCUGCUGCCUUGGUCUGAGAUAUUCCAAGUACUCCCUCUCCUGUCUCUCCUCCCCGGACACUAUUUGCAGUCAGUGGCUGCAGUUCCCAUGCUGGGGGGGGCCUGGAGCCUGCCCAUCCCUCGGAGCAAAGUCAAAGCUUCACUGAAUUACAUAAGUUUAGGGGGCCAGCAACAGGCCAAGUGGCUGAUGGUGAGACCUUGCACUUUUACUUAUAUUUCCAGGUCAAAGGAACUGGUUACCAUUCUAGUCCAAUAAAGGAAAUAAGGACAAAUGAAACUACUAAAUAAGA